CGAGGCGGUGCGAGAAAUACGCGACCGAUGUACGAUCGUUUCAUUUAUUUAUCGCGGUCCGAAGGAAACUGAUCGUGAAACAUGUUGUGAAUGUUUCAAGCGGCUCGUUCUUUACGCUCGCUUCGUUCUUAUCCACUUCGAAAUUCUUACAAAAGGGCGCGUAACACCGACAAACCUCGAUUCUCGUUUAAAAAAUUGAAACACCAUUUCUCGUGCCACUCGAACACUGCGGUCUGUCUUACAUCGAGAUACCACGGUUUCGCGACAACAUGCAAUUCGUUACGUUAUUCACGUUCGUACUUUUACUACUCCGUCAAUUCUCAACCACCGUUGGAUUCAACAUUCUUGGAAUUUGUCCUAGCACCAGUUACAGCCACCAACAACCCUUUCAAGCAUUGAUGAAAGCUUUGGCGGCUCGUGGACACAAUGUCACCGUCGUAUCGACCAUUCCCUCAAAGAAGCCGAUCAAGAACUACGAGGACGUCGAUUUGUCGUUCACUUAUCGAAGAAAAGAUUGCACCGGUUUAAGGCAUAUGGGACCGUUCAGCCUUCUGCGGAAGAAUAUGCGUGAGGCGAACGAUUUAUGCGAGGAGCAAUUGUUCAGCGAGCCCAUCGCCCAUCUAAUCUCUAGCAACAAAACCUUCGACGCCGUGAUUAUCGAACAAUUAUGGUACCAGUGUUAUUACGCUCUGGUGAACCAUUAUAAUUCCCCGGUUCUCAUCGGAUUUUUGAGCGUCGGCAACCUGCCCUACGUUAUGGAUUCUGUUGGAAACCCGGACGACCCAUUGUUGAACCCCGACAUGGCCUACCCUUUCACCAAUAAAAUGUCUCUUAACGAACGUAUCUGGAACACCGUAUACACAACGUGGACCAGGAUAUACUACAAGUACUGGCAUUUGCCGAGUGCCCAGAAGAUUGUUAACAAGUGGAGCAGUGAUAUCUCGAUCGAGGAUAUCGAUGGGAACUUUAGUCUGGUGAUAUUGGGAAACAAUCACGUAUUCGGGUAUCCGAAACCGCUGCUGCCAAAUGUGAUCGAGGUUCACAGCCUCCAGAUCACGGAGAAGAGCGAAUCGUUGCCCAAGGAUAUUCAAGAAUUCCUGGACAACGCGGUACACGGGGCGAUUUAUUUCUCUCUAGGCUCGAAUCUGCAAACUCAUCAGUUGCCCGCCGGUCCUUUGACCGCAUUGUACAACGCGCUUGGCUCGCUGAAGCAAAGAGUUCUAUGGAAACACGCCGGGGACAUGGCCAUUCAUCCAGGCAACAUCAAAUUUGUGAAAUGGGUGCCCCAGCAAGCGGUUCUCGCGCAUCCGAAAGUGAUGGCCUACGUGAUGCAGGGUGGAUUGCAGUCGUUGCAAGAGGCGGUGCACUAUUCUGUCCCGGUAGUCGCCAUUCCCUUUUUCGGGGAUCAACUUUUCAACGCGCGUAAAAUCCUCGAUGCCGGUAUCGGACUUACAUUGAACAUCGAUACCGUCACUGAGGAAUCCAUCGUCCGUACUCUCACCGACAUUAUAGAAAAUAAAACGUAUCAUAAUAAUAUGAAGAUCAUGUCGGAGAUCGUAAAAGACGAAAUGGUGAAACCCAUGGACCGUGCCGUUUGGAAUAUUGAACACGUUAUUAAAUUUUCGAAAUGGAAGCAUUUACGUUAUCACGGUCACGAUAUUUCGUUGAUCGAUUAUUAUGGAACAUUCGUAGUUCUUGUUCUACCGUUAAUUAUAUUAUUAUCUGCUGGUUACUUAUUGCUGAGUAACUUAAAACCUAAUGUUUCAAACAUUUAUAUGCUAGGUCGAGAUAUACUAUUUGGGAAACAAAAAGCUGAAUAGAUAUUAAUUUGGAAUUGAUUUUCUUAAAAUUGAUUGUAUCAUCAAGUACAAGUGUCUUUUGACUUGAUUAGUUUAAAUUGAAAAAAGAAACUGUAAUAUUCAUGUAAGGUAAUGCAAUUGUUGAAUAAAAAUUAUUACUAUCAAA